AGAAGAUUUCACUUUUUGAGCAACGUAGAAAAAUUCUAGAUAUCCCUUAAUAUCUCCCUCAACUAGAAAUUCACGAUUCUGAAAACCCCAGGUGGACUCUAUAAGCCGGCGUGACAGGGGCAGGUGUCAGCCAAGCAAUGAGGAGUAGCGGGCCAUCACCAGUUGUGCCAUUUCUAAUUGUGGGAGCUCUAUGGCUGUUGAUCUUUGGCCCUUCUCUGUUGGCUCUCAUGGAGAAUGUUUUAAGUCUGUUCCAAGCGACUGGCAGUUUAAUUGGUUUGAUGGUAUUUUGGCUUCUUCUGUUCUUGCUGCUUGCAAGCUUGAUUUUUACAUUGUUUCCAAGUUGGAAGAUUUCGUGCUUGUCUUCCACAACUCAGCAGAGCAGUAGUUCUGACGGUGAAGGGUUUGGAUUGGGGACAGUGAUUUUGGUUGUUCUCUUUUUUGUUUUAUUCAAUUGCUUGAGCUCCUCUGACUCAUAGCCUCUGUUCGGAAAACAGGUCUGUUCUGCUUUUGAAUAAUAUUUUUAUUAACCU